AUGCAAACAUUUGUGAUAGAUAUAUGGAUCACGGAUAAGAUCGAGGAGCAAAAGGUGGCGUGGGGCAAGUCCUUGAGAGUGGAUGAUACGGCCACAAAGGUGUCGUGGAGCAAGUUCUUGAGAGUAUAUACGGACACUGACUUGAGGAUUUCGGGUGGGCGUUUCUUCAUUGAAGAGGAGAAGAAAGUGGCCAUGGUCUUGAAAAAAGACAGAGACGAAAGAUCAGAUACAAUGAAGAUCUUUAGAGAGGUUGGAUACUUUAAAGAAUUGGAACUUGGAGAACCUUCAGACAAAAGGUGUUGGCCAGUUAUGUGCUCUUAUGUUCCAAGUUUAGUGGAAAUCAAGCUACCUGAAGUAGGCAAAAGGAAUAUUGAUUAG